AUGCGACCAGCAGUUAAAAUCGGCUUGGUGCCGAUCGUUCUGGCAUGCCUGUCCGCCGCGAUAGCGGUCCACGGAUCCUGCACGUCGGAAAACUGUACCAGAACGAUCUACACCUGGGAGGGAGGUCGUAUCGUCUGGCCAUGUCCCACAACGAAGCGGCUCAUUACCAGCACCGGCAAGUACACACCACGCGACUUGAUCGCGAUGCGUUGCCAACGUGCCAACACGCACACGCUGUGUGUGUUUCCGCGCUUCAAAAGCAGCAAUCCGAUCACGCUGAGCAAGGUGUACGCCACCAAGAAGGGUUGUGACGUCAAGUUCGAACCGUUCCCGUGCUGGAACGAGCAGGAGGAAGGUAACUGCAAUGCGCUGCAGUCCGCCAUCGACCUGUACAGUGACGGGGACUAUGUUUGGGUGCUGGACAACGGUGUGACACAAUCGCUUCGUUCGCCGAUGCAACGGUGCCCCCCGAAGGUCGUGGUGUACUGUAGCAAAACGGGCAAGAAGCUGAAAACGAUCAACCUGGCACGGUUUGUGACGGAGAAGUCGCGCCUCCAGUACAUCCAGGUGGAAUGUCUGAAGGGUGGUCGGUGCUACGUGUACGUAAGCGAUCCGGGUAACAAUGCGAUCAUCGUGUAUGACGUGUACAAUGGCCGUGGCUAUCGUGUGAUUCUUCCGAAGGCAGUCCACAUGGGCUGUCGCUAUCGGGAUAUGCUGUACAUCUUCCUAUCUAAGCACAAGGACGGCACGCGGCUGUACUUUACCUACCUGGGUGGACAUCGACUGUUUGCGAUCAAGACAGAGCAUCUGCGCAAGGGACACGGUGGCAAUAUCAUAGACGUUGGCGAAAAACCACACGUGCCGAUCUUCCUGGGAACGGACGGAGGGCAUGGGGUGUUCUUCCGCGAGGAAGGCGAAUCGAAUAUUUACUACUGGAACACCAAUAGCUGCUACAAAAAGUCCAACUUCAAGCUGGUGUACAAGAGCGUGCUGGGACUGUACGCGACGCACGUGUUCCCCGAUCUCAAACUUAACCGGCUGCUGGUGUUGGAAAAUGAUUUCCCGAGCUACGUAAAGGAUCAUGCCGGCUGCGGAACGCUGCAUCAGAUUUCUAUCCUUGAUGGAAGCUGCAAGUGUCAUGGUGGAAACUAA